UAUGAAGAACCUCAAAACGGGCACACUGACGUCAUUCGAAAUAAACGACUACCAAGGCGCGUCGAUCGCUGGCGUUGUGAAAAGUUAAAUCAAGCAUUUAUUUGAUUCUUUAAAAAAAUAAAGUGCGCUGUCGAAAAUACCGCCAUAAGUCUUGCCAUUGACUGGAGUCGUUCGCCCAGGAUACAUACGCACACAAACACGCUCUGCAGCCAUUGAGAGAGCACUGUAAUAUGUCUGGGCUUAAAAAAUUCCAAGACAACGAGGAAUGGCGUCAGAAACUACGUGCGUUUCUCAUGGCAGAUCGCUUGCCGAAAAAGCCAGUGAAGAUGGAUGAAUCGAAAGAUAUGCGCUAUAGUCUGGAGAUCGAUGAGGAUCUGAGGAGACCACUGGAAGCCAGGAAGAAAAAAAUUGAGGCUGCGAAUCUCACCAGCCACACAAGCAUCAAUCUCAGCGAGGAAACUAUGUACGAGGGCGUACCCUUGGGCAAUUUGGAUGAUGGCGAUGAUAGCUUUAGUGCCUUCGAACGAAUGUGCGACAAGACUGGAUCCGACCCGGAUAGCACUCUGUUCCAGUACCUGCACAGCGAGGACCGAAGUCAGGUGAUGUCAAAGGCCAAGGAUCGUAGUAACGAUGAUCAGAAGGAGAUUGAUGCACUGCGUCGCAUGCUCGAGGCAGUAGGCACCGAUGACGACCUGCUAGAAAACGAGAGUCCCGUCAAGGGAGUGGAGUGCACCCAGCUAGAGGAUGUAGAGGCGCCGUCGCGCUUCUGGGACAAUACUCUGGCCGCGAUCGAUGAGUGUGCGUCUGGGUCUAGCCCGGAACACAAAACCAAGGUCUCACCAGUCAAAAUGGUGGGUCUUCUCCGCCCCUCGACCAUCAUCGAGGACAAUGAACUGGAAUCGGAUGUAUCUUCACACAUAAGCUUCCAUAGCGCUCGCACCCUGAAGACAAACGCCUCCAGUUCUUACGAAACAGCCACGGAUAGUUCCCUCAGUGGAACGCUUCUUAACGUAGAUGAUCUGUUCUACGCGGCAAUUGCCAAGGCCAAACCACCAGGAAUGUCAAAGGGAGAGGAGUUAGAGCUUCUGAACGACCUUCACGGUAGUCUAAGGGAGUUGGCGUCGCUUUCAAAUGAGGAAACGGAGGAGCCAUUGGAUGUUUUAGAGGACACCAUAAUUGAGUUGUCCUCUUCGGAUGAUGAGGAGGUGCAGCUCGUUUCAGAAGUGAAACAGGAAGAUACCUCUACCGACUUGGGUAAUUCCACUGAAAAAGAGCAAGCUGAUGACAGCUUGGAAGACAAGGAAAACAUAGAGAAGUCCUUGCAUUUCAAUGACACUAUGGAGGAAAUGCAGUACAUGAUGCAAAAAGGCAUGGAGUAUAUGGCUGGUACAAUUCCAGCUGCCACUACCGUCAAAUCAAAAAGUCCAGUGCUACCCAAGCAAAACACGUUUGUGAUUUCACCCAAGCAAACGGUUAAAACGCCGGCUUUUUUGCAGCCAUCGUUACCGCUGCGCUCCUGCAACAAGUCACAUACAGUAGUAGCAUCGCCCAGUAAGGGUAAAAAACCGAAAAAUUUCGACCUUAACAUGGAGUGGACUAAGAAGAAGUUCUUUAGCGCAUCUUCGGGCAUUCCCCAGCGUCGCCAACAGCAAAUGAAAAUGCCGCCUUACGCCAACAUCGUCAGUCCCAUCCGUGCCUACACACAGAAGUCGGGCACUGCACCUCUGAUGAGAACAUUCCGGCCAACAAGUACUGACAUGUUGACUUCCUUGGCCAUCAGUGAGCUGGAGCAAGAAUCCCGCUUGUGUCAGCUGAAGACCUUUUCCAGUACGCAGGCCGGCACAUAUAAGGCGAGUGGAAGGCAAGGGAUUAAAGGAAUCGAUUCUACCGCACAAAUGCUUCCCAAAAAGGCUUACAUAUCCUCGGAGAUCAAGCACGUGGUGGAUGAGCGUACACCUAUGCCCAUGCCCAGUGUACCUCGGAUUCAAAAAUACCUUAACUCGGCCGUGGAACCGACUGUCCUACGUCACGAUGGCAAAAUGAAAAUGCCCGGAGAGGCCAACAGAGCCCCGUCAUCAUCGCAAAUCCCACGUCGCGCCAAUCACAGCCUGGCUGAUCUGUCGCUCGCAUCAGGUGACGUGUCUUUGUACACGAUUAGAGAUGCACAGAAGUUUUAAGGCCCUUAAAAAUAACACACUCGCUUAGUUAGUUUUAAUAUUGCAACGAUAAUAAAUGUAUUGUUUAACUAGUCCUAGUAAA